CUAGACCUUUCGCCGCGGGAUAUGCUGGGGCUGUCGCGGUGCAUGGCGGGAAUCACGUUGCUCUCCUUCAAGGCCGGGAGCAUGAUGUUGCCCAGCGACGGCGAGUCGCCGGGAGGAACGCCAAGGACUGAUGGUUCACGCAUUGUCGCCAUUACAUUAUCACCAGAGAGUCAACUCCCGUCGAUGAAGAGAAGUACAUCUAAGGCACGGGCAGAGCUCGAGAAGUUUUUCGUCGAGUUUGACAAGAACAACGAUGGCACCAUCGACUUGGACGAGCUCGCCAACGUUAUGGAGAAGCUUACAACAGAGCGGUCCAAGAGCAGGACACUGAAAUGGAUCAUCAUUGCCAUGAGCAUCUUCUUUGCGAUGCUGGUCGGUGCGCUGAGUGGCAUGAGCUGGGGCGUGGUCGCCGCCCUGAAGGACACCAAGGUGGGGAACAGCGGCGUCAUGUACCUCAAGGACUCGGACUCGGUCAUCGUGCAAACCGCAAACAGUGACAUGCUGGUUGCCAACGGUAUCCUGGUCAACCGCCACGCGUUCGACCAAGGGCAGGCGACCGUCAACGGCGCCAUUGGCGCGAGCGCUGGCAGUAGUGCAGUCGCCUCGUCUGUGCUGCGCACUGCCUCCUACCUUGGCGAUCCCCACCGCUUCACGAGCGAGGUUUCAGUGAGGGCGCUCAUGGAGCUGCGUUACCUGUAUAUCCAAGGCCCCGACUCCGUUGAGGUGGCCCUGGCGGUGCAGGGCGUGGCGCGUGUGCCAAUGGCCAAUAGCACCUACGGCACCGUGGUGCAAAUUGUCACUGUGGCAGGCACUAUCACCCUUGACGGUGAAGUCAUCGCGUUUUCAGAGGCUAUGGCCAACAUAUUCUCAGAGGCCGGCUUCGUUGUCAGCGCCAGCCGCCGCAGCCUGCUAGGCUUUUAUGACAUCCUCGGUUUCUUCAACUUCAUCGCCGAUAUGACCGUGUUUGACCUGCCGGUCAAGGAGCCCAAGCCUCAACUGCCGGCCGGGAACUUCCUCAUGAGCAUCAAGGUCUACGAGCCCUGCGUCCUCCUGCUGAAUACUUCGCGGGAUCGUUGCGUGUACUUCCUGCCAGAGCAGUAUCGGCCCGGCGCUGUCCCACCACCCAUGCCGUCCGACCCGCCUAUGCCACCACCUAGCCCAAUGCUGCCCAACCUGCCACCCAAUCCAUCACCGCCCCCCAUGAGCCCACUGUCAAGCCCGCCCUCCGGUAACGAAACGGCGGCGCCGCCCCCGCCCAGCGGCGCCACCCGCCGCACUAGUCGCCGUCUGCAGCAAGAGUUUCUGCACCUCACUCCCCACCGCAGCUUGCUAACUGAUGAAGCCGAUGGCUACUACGACCUGGCAGGAACGGAGGUGAUUAACGGUGCUCGCUACAUGGUCCACUACGAGACGUCCAUAAUGUGGAAUGGCCUGGUGCGUACAAUGUACGAGUUUGCGGCAUUCCCCGACUUCCGCAAGAUUGAUGUGAUGGACAAUACUACCAAGACGGUCAAUGUCUGGCAGGAGCAGGUCGAUGCGAACGGCACAGUCAUUGCCAAUUACUACUGCAACCAAAACCCAUUGCCGCCCACCGCCUUCGACUCGCUCAGCCGCUCCAACAAAUCCCUGGCCAAUUUCACCUUUAUCGGUUACGAGGAUGUGAACGACGCGGCCGCCCGCCACUUUCGCCUGGACAUCAACCAAGGCAACUCAACACUGUCCGUCGACUACUGGGACUCUCGCCGCGACUACACGCCUCUCGGCUUUGAGUUUGUGCAUUCCGACAUCGGCCAUGUGAUGAUCUACGUGACUAAGUUCCAGCACCUCACCGAUGCUGACAUCGAGCAAGAGCAGUUCAUAUGGCCGGCGUCUGUUGCUAACGCCACUUGCACCAACGACACCAGCGUCCCAAGGGUCACCUCCGCUUUCACUGUGCCGCUCUACGGCUCUAGGACCGAGGCGCGUCGUCGGCGCAGGCUGCUCACAAGUGGUUAUACUGCUGAUGCUUGGUUCGACGACGCUGAGGGUGUUGCUGGUGUCCAUAACAGACAGGUUGCUGCUGCAAGCACCGCCGUCGCACCCAGGCAUGUUGGCCUUGGCGCUGAGCUGGAGGUUAGCAAUGGAACCAGCAGCAGGCGUGCUGCCGUGGAGGUUGCCAUAUCCGAGAUGUGUGGCGGCACCACUUAUGAAGCAAUAACCUGGCUUGCGCAGCUUGAGAAAGAAAUAAAAUGCGGAGUUGCGGCUGCGAAGUAUGGCCCAUCACACCAGUAUUUGUACAUGGCAUUGGGAUGCGACGACGUUCCCAUCCCGUACUUCCCCUUCCUGAAACUUGGUGGUUUCAUCGCCAUUGAGACUUGCCCGACUAACAUCGUGGCCAAAGGCUGUCUCAAAUUGACACUUUCCCUGAGCCCUCUAAAUCUUGGCUGGCUGGGCAAGGCGUUGGAGCAAGGCCUUAAUAUCGCUAGUAUAAGCAUUUGCGCAGGUUACAACUUCAACGAGAAGAUUGGCUUCGUGUUUGGCAGUUUGGAGGUCCACUUGAUUCUAUUUAAACUGGAGGUCUACGGACAGGUUGAGUUCAGCAAGUGUUGUACCAAGUUUGCCUCAGCGGGUGUCGAAGCCUGGUUUGGCAUUGACCUAUUCUUUUGGAGUUGGUACGCACAAAUUGGCGAUUUCAAGAUCCCCGGCCUUCCACACUACUUUACUGGUUCCGAAUCCGAAGAUCAGCAGGAGACCGAUGCGCUAAAAUAUUUCCCUGGCCACAUGGGAUGCCUGCACGACUGGGUAAACAGCCAACGGGCACUGACUGACAUGAUGUCCUUUGAUAACCCCAGCAUGACCCUGGAAAGGUGCAGCAUGAUGGCAGCCAUGAAAGGCUAUUCCUACUAUGCCGUCGAGGACGGGGAUGAGUGUUAUGGAGGCAACGACCUAAAGUACGCGCUGCGGUUUGGCUUGUAUGAUGAAAGCAAGUGCCAGAGGCGCUGUGGCGGAAAUGGAUACCAAGUUUGCGGCGGUGUAUCAGCUAUGACUAUGUACUACAACUUUGAUACGGGCAACUACGUCGGUUGCUUCAAGGACUGGUAUGACAGAACACUUCCGGUCAACCUGGCAAGUUGGGAUGGUAGCAUGACCAACCAGAAAUGCAAGGGCCUCGCCAUGGCUAAAGGCUAUCCACUGUACGCUACUCAAACUGGCAAUGAUUGCUGGGGAGCAACCGACAUCUACACGGCGCUCAUGAGGUAUGGUCCCGGCGACGGAUGCACUGACGCCUGCAAGGGUAAUGGCGCUGAGACGUGUGGCGGCUCAUGGCGCAACUCUGUCUGGUUGAACCUCGACUCCAGCGGCCGCAUCGGCUGUUUUGGUGAUGGGCCAGAUCGUGCGAUGGAAGUAUCCCUUGGCGAGGAUUGGGGGGCAAUGACGCCCCAAUUGUGCGAGCAAUGGGCGAAGCAUUCCGGCAUGAAAUACUAUGCUGUAGAAGCCGGCGGCCAGUGCUUUGGCAGCACCAAGAACCUGGCCAGCAUCCUCAAGUACGGCAAAUAUGGCAAGCCAAAUGGUUACGGUAGCUACAGCUGGUCAUGUGACAAUCUCUGCACGGGCGACAAAUCACAGUACUGUGGCGGGGGAUGGGCUCUGCAAACGUACGUUGUCAACCACAAUGACGGCUUCCUAGGCUGCUUUAUCGACAACCCAAACCGGGCACUGCCUUAUUUGCUGGAGAGUUCAGGUUCCAUGACGGUCGAGCGCUGCAAGCUUCUUGCCGCAUCCAAGGGCUUCAGGUACUACGGCCUUCAGUGCCAUAAAGAAUGCUUUGCCGGCAAUGAUCUGGUGGCGGCCACUGCUUACGGCCAGGCGGCUGGUACUGACUGCCGUGACCGCUGUGAUGGAAACAAGAACCAGAUCUGUGGUGGCGGGUGGAGAAACAGCCUUUAUAUAGUGCUUGAGAAUGCCUGAUUGACGAGUUUGACAGCUCUGGCUAGGCGAAGGGGCCUUCUGCUGGCCAACGGAAACGCCGAAUGCCUGAGGACGCCCGUGAGUUGAUGAAGAAGCGCCUGCUCUGCGUCUGCGCGUUUAGGAAACUAGCUAUGCGUACGCGUUUCAUGCCUAGCCGUAUAGGCCUGUACCUGCUGCGUCUUGUUGUGAUCUUGUGUGCAGCCGCACCGUAGUUGCCACACUUCCUUGGUUGUGAGAAAUGGUGAGCCGAGGCAGUGCAAUUCUGAGCAACUGUAGCUUAGGCGAUGUGUGCCUUGGUGUCCUUGGAUCCAGUCCAGUCUGCGAUAGGCCCGGCUCGACAGCUGGCAGCUGUCCGGUCGUUUUGUUGUAUAGUACCAAUAGGAUCUGUGCGUGAGAUAUAGAUAGCAGGAUUUGGCUGCGCAGAGAUGCAGAGAUGCAGGCGUGCGAAAGUAGCAGGAUUUGGCGUGCCAUGUGUAGAUGUGCACCAGAGAGCAGACAAGGAGGCUGCACCGGCAGUUGCGUGCGGACGCUCCAGGAAAGGAUGGUUUUCCCCGGGUGGGCACAAUCCAUGUGGGUGUGUUUUCCUGUAUUUAAGGUGUCUGCGCAGUUAAUAUGUGCAAGCACGGAGUCGAGCCUUGCGGUGCAAGCAUGUUUAGGCGUUUUUAUCAAUUAGGUCCGGCUUGGGCUUAAGCAUGUAGCUUUGUAGCUUAUCACCAUUUAACUAAUAGCGAUAGGGCGUGUGUGACCAGUG